AAGCGACCAUAUGGUUUGAAGGUCUUAACAAAUACAGCCUCCGAAAUCGUCACAUCUUCAAUAUCAACUACAAGAUUCUUCUCCAUCUGUUGUAUUCUUUCUUUGUCUUUAAUUUGGGCCCUGUUUUUGAUCUCAUCAUAAAAUAUAAAGAAGGAACGAUUCACAACAAUCUUCUUCAAUUUUUCCAUGAGCUUGAUUUCAAUUCUUCAAUUUUUCCAAGAGUUCAGACGAUGAUUAUGAGGACAAGUCUGAGGAGGAGGAGGAGGAGGGUCUAGUGAAAUCAAGCUCAUGGAAAAAUUGAAGAAGAUUGUUGCGAAUCGUUCCUUCUUUAUAUUUUAUGAUGAGAUCAAAAACAGGGCCCAAAUUAAAGACAAAGAAAGAAUACAACAGAUGGAGAAGAAUCUUGUAGUUGAUAUUGAAGAUGUGACGAUUUCGGAGGCUGUAUUUGUUAAGACCUUCAAACCAUAUGGUCGCUUGCAUACUUCGAUCAUUGAAACUCUGAUUCGCAUAUGGAAUAAAUCAUGGGAUGACAGGAUUAUGCUUUCACUUCUUGCUGUAGAGCAAAUACUCGGUAAGAGAAAAGAUUAUCUCGAAAGAGAACUUAAAGACUAUGACAAAGAGAAAAAGCACACGAUUUUUGUGCCUUUCAUUAUUGAUCAACACUGGUCCUUAGUUGUGGUGGAACCUGGGAGAGAAGUUAUAACUGUUCUUGAUUCCUUUUAUGAAUUGCGGCUGUGCGAAAAACGUCAUGAAAAUCUGAUGGCUCAACUGCAAAAAAAUCUUUAUCCUUUCAUAGGCCUGGAAAAUGCUACGCACCGAUUUAUUACACCACCAGUAGUUCAGAAGCAAAAUAACAGUCAUGAUUGUGGUUUUCAUAUGCUUCUGUACAUAAAGCGAUAUGAGGAUCAAAACUACCAUAACAUUAGUGAGGACGAAGUCAUCAUGUGCCGCAUAGAGACUGCGAUGUUGCUCCUUAACAAUGAAGACAACAAGUGCAGGGACAAAUUUACAGAGAGCCAUGCAAUAACGAAAGAGCAAAAGAAAGAAAAGGUGAGAGACAAAGUUGACGACAAGAAAGGAGAUAGAAAAGAUGAGAGUUCAGACGAUGAUUAUGAGGACAAGUCUGAGGAGGAGGAGGAGGAGGGGACAGGUGAUAAUGAGGAGAAGGGGAACAACAAUGGGGGCAAGGACAAGAAGAAGAAAUCUGGUGAUGAUGAGGAUGAAGAGGAGGACAAGGACAAGUCUGAGGAGGAGGAGGGGACAGAUGAUGAUGAGGAAUCAUUUGAGGGGGAGAAGGGGAACAACAAUGGGGGCAAGGAUAAGAAGAAGAAAUCAAAGACAAAGAAAAAGAAAACCAAUAUCAAGGACUCUUUGAAAAUUUCUGUAAGGAGUAAAAUGACAAAAGGCUACAAACCCUGCGAUUUCAAGAUAGCAGAUAAUUGGACCCAGAAUUUGGGUAAUAAAGAACUGCGACAGCAACUCUCGAGAAAGAUAGUUGACAAUAAAGAUUAUAAGAGUGUUCAGUUCAUGAGUCCUAAGAGUGACACUGCUCGUAGAGACACUGAUACAUGGAACUUAACGGGAAGCGAUAUUGCAAAAAGCUUUGUGGAUAAAACUCUUUGUGAAGACACGGUGGUGACGUUUUAUGUACAGUGUCUCAUGUAUGAUGAAGGUCAACUAGGAGCUGAUGAAAAAACUGUGUUUUCCACGGACACUUCAGAUCAUCUGUAAGGAUCUCCCAAAGACGUAGACCACGCAUGUGUAGACGCAUGCGAAGAACCCAAUCUCGAUAGUUGGUGCCAUUGAAAAGCACCGGACAUUGCAAGACGGGAAGACCACCAGACGAAGGAGUCAUGGAAUGCGACAUCCUGAUAGUCGAGGGCUAGAGCGUACAAGAAAAGUGACACAAGCAGCAACAACAUCUGUUCUUUUUUCUUUCCCCCUUUUUUUUCUUUUUUACCUUAUCCCUUCACACUGUGAGGGCCUCACACCUCACGGUCAAAAGGAAUCUAGCCAACCAAGGAGAUGGCUACACAGCAAGAUCUGACCCGCAGGAACACAGGCUCACGUGACAGCAGGAAUGGGAUGACAGGGACAAACGGAAAAAAGCAAGGCAACAGAUAUUGAUCGGCAAGAAGCAGACCAAGUUGAGACCGACGUCAGGAAACAACCGACCAAGUUGAGACCGGCGUUAGGAAUCUGCAUGUUGAUGAGAAAAACAACGUAGAACCUCCUUUCUAGCGGAAGAUCGGCGACCGAUCAGUCCCAUGCGCAACACAACCCGAGACAAACGCCACACUCCUAACGUCUCCUGAUUCCUUCGAUCUCUGGUCAGGAAAGAACAGCGAUAGAGCCAGUGACAAUCUUGGUGGAUGAGCAGGGCGACAGUGGCUAGGAAAAAACUAAUAACCCUAACCCUAAAAACUGGCUCUAUAUUCCAUGUUAUGAAUAUAGCUUGUAUUCAUUAUGAGGACUAUAGGCCCAAAUAUAUAGAGGUACAGGAGAUUACAAAUAUGCACAAAACCCUAAGGACACUUAUUCAAGAUGUCUUUUAUGGCAUCAUAAAUUUGCUUUGAUAGUGUAUUUUUUAGAACUUGUAGUUGUUAAUGUAUUUUUUCUAAAAAAAGUUGGUCAAAGUUAAGGAAGUUUAACUUAGGACAUAGCUGAAGUGGAGUACAAUUUGAAAUAGAGGGACUAUAAGACAGAUGGAAAUGGUCACACAAAAUUGUCAAAGAUAAUGUCGCUCGAUAGACACCCUAUUGUUGAGUCAUGUCCAUAGUUGUUAAGGCGUCGCCUAGGCGUUGGGCUUGGCUGCAAAUGACUGAGCCAAAUUGACCCUGGUCAUCUCUGCCUCAUGUCCUGAGGAAAAUCCGUGAUUUUUUAAAAAAUGACCCUGCAGUUUGAGGUCGGAAAUGGGGCCUCUACCCUCUUCUGGAGUGAUCGGUGGUUGGGAGGGCAGCGAAUAGUGGAUAUUGCUCUUUGCCUUCUGGAGACCAUUCCUAAGAAGAUUAACAAGAGGACAGUUUAGGAGGCGAUCAGAGAUAAUCUAUGGAUAAAUGACAUUAGCGGGAGUUUAUCAGUUGGAGCCCUUGCAGACUUUAUUCUCCUUUAGGACAUGGUUACUCAGGUUGAACUUCACAUAGAUAAAGAGGACAAGCAUAUCUUUCGGCUGGUUGCUAAUGGUAAAUAUUUGGCUAUAGCUGCCUAUGAGGGGCUUUUUCUUGGAUCUGUGCAGUUCGAGCCAUAUGAGAGGAUUUGGAAAACUUGGGCUCCACCAAAGUGUCGUUUCUUCUUGUGGCUGGCUGCUCUUAAGAAAUGUUGGACAACAGACAGACUUGAAAAGUGAGGCCUUGAUCACCUAUAAAGAUGCCCUCUUUGUGAUCAGGAAAGGGAUACAAUUGAUCAUUUACUUGUGGCUUGUGUCUUCUCUAGGGAAUGUUAAUUCCUCAUGCUUAGGCAAUUCGGGCUACAAGUUUUGGCACCGCAGCCAUCCAAUACAAAUUUUAUGGAGUGGUGGCAAGAAGUCAGUGAAGCUGUUCAUGGUCCUUUCGGAGAUGGUCUCAACUCUCUUAUUGUGCUAGGUGCUUGGGUGUUAUGGAAGAAUCAUAAAAAUAGAUGCAUCUUUGACGACCUCUCCCCGAAUACUGCUGUUGUCUUAAUUCAAGUUGGGGAGGAGCGUCGUCUGUGGGAGUCGUGGGGCCAAGGGACUGUCCUCCCUUGCUACCCCUUCCAGUUGUGGUCUAUAGUUCUUUUUUCUAGAUGAAUUAGUUUUUGUUUGUUACGUUUAGACCGCUGUAAGGCGUCUCUUGUACCUCGAUCUAUUUUGGACCUUGUUUCUUGCUCCUUUUAAUAUAAUGAUACACAACUCUCCUGCGUGUUUGAGUAAAAAGGCGUCCUCCUCGCCUUACUUCCGCAGCUAAGGCGAGUGGGUGAGGUUGCCAGCGGCUGACAGCUCCAGCACAGCGGCGGCGCUGGCGCAGGAGAGAGGGAGCCAACGGGGAAAGCGGAAGAAACGCCAGCGAGAGGGAGAGACUUGGGAGAGGCAAUUGGGAGGAGGGAGUCAGCUGGGAGUGAGGCGGCUGGGAGGAGGUAGAGGGUUGGGAGAGAGGAAGUGGGCUUAACCUAAUUUUGAUCGGUUAUUGGGCUAGUUAGGCUGAUUUGUAGGAUGACUGGACUGACUAGGCUAGUAUUUUUCUUUUCUCUAUCUUUUUCUCUUCUUUAUUAAUAUUUUUGUCCUAAAUACUUUCUCAAAUAUCAAUAGUUUCUUCUAUUUUUAACUAUAUUUAAGGCGUCACCUCACAUUACACAUUAUCGCUUAAAAGAUAGGUCAGCUGCCUUAUCUCUCCUUGCCGCCUUAACAACCAUGGUCAUGUCUCAAUACAUACCAAUACCCUUUUUUACUUUUUAUGUAUCUUGGUGGCUUCAUAUGUAACCUACCCAACUUGCAUGGGAUAAAAAGAGAGCCUAUUUUAUUGUUUUAUAUGUAUCUUGACAUCAUAUGCUCUCCUACUCUACUAGGAUCUGUAAAAAAACAUGACACCAGGUAUAUAGAGCAGAAUACUGCCGUUAGUGUUAGAAUAUUUGUAUGUGAAGUGUUACGGGCCUAGAGCUAGCCCAUGUAACCUACUAGGGUUGUCUAUUGUAAUAGUACAUCCCACUAGGGUUUUAACUCUCCAACAUGGUGUCCAGCCACAAUAUUUUUCCUUCUCUCCCAUAGCCGUUUGCCAGCAACCUGGGUUGUAGCCACCAUGGUCAGUGCCCCUCCUCCCCCUGUUGGAUCUCCCCCUCCUUUUCUUUCUCCUCUACCUUGUCGCAUGGUUUCGGUGCCUGCUAGGACUUCUUCCUCCCUCAACACUGUCCCCAUCCAUGACCCCCAGUUGCCGCCCGCCCCUACAACUGUGGAUGGCAGCCUACCCUCCGCUGGGCUAGGUGCCACUGGCCUGGUUGGUCUGACCUUGUCGUCCUGGCCUAAGCGUCGCGAGCUCGGCUGCCCUCGGCCAAGACGAUGUCGGUCUAUGUCUAGCCGCCAUACGCUUGGGCACGGUCCCACCCAUCCCGUGUACUCUAUAUUGCCCCGCAAGGCCUGUACCUGUCUAUCCUGACAUCAUGACGGCCCACUCCACCUUGGCUGCGACCCUCACUGCUACUGUGGCUGCUUCUCGAGAGUGUGAAUGUGUCCUCGCUUGAGAGCAUGAGCGCAUCGCUAUCGAUGUUCUCACCAGGCAGCUUACUGAGGCUGAGCACCAUUUGGCUGGCUCUCUCGACCUAGAUCCUCCGUCGGCAUACCCAGUGGUCAACCCCCACCACUUCUGCGUACGAGGCCGCCGUCAUCGCCAACCUUCAUGUAUAGACUCGAGCAGGCGCCUCGUGCCUGGUACAACCAUUUUGCCACAUACUUGCUCUCGCUUGGGUCCACUGAAGCAAAAUUAGAUACUUCAUUAUUAAUCUUCCACCAGAAUUCGGAGACAAUGUAUUUGUUGUUGUACGUGGAUGACAUCAUUCUCACGACGUCCUCCAUGGAGCUCCUACGUCACAAUAUUUCAGCCUUGCAAUGGGAGUUCUCAACGAAGGAUCUUGGUCCUCUUCAUCACUUUCUAGGAGUCAAUUCAAUGGCGUACCGGUGGUUCGUUUCUUACCCAACGUUAGUACACGCUUGACAUACUUGAGCGUGUUGGAAUGACUGAUUGUAAACCGUGCUCAACUCCGGUGGACGCUCAGGCGAAGCUCUUAGCAGCUUCCGGUCACUUUGUGCGUGACAUGACAUAGUACCACAACCUUGUUGGCGUGAUUUAGUACCCGACAUUCAUCUUCCCUGACAUCUCAUAUGAUAUCCAGUAGGUGUGUCUCCACAUGCAUGAUCCUCGGGAGUCUCACAUGACUGCUGUCAGGCGCAUCCUACGCUAUCUUUGAGGCACUAUUAACUACGGUCUUCUCCUUCGGCACUCUACUAUGAUUGAGCUAGAUGUCUACUAUGACGUUGAUUGGGCGAGUUGUCUCGACACCCGCUAGUCCAAAUUGGGCCAUGCAGUAUUCCUCGGUGACAAUCUCGUCUCUUGGUCGUCCAAGCGCCAACCCAAUGUCUCACGGUCUAGUGUUGAGGUUGAGUACAAAGUUGUUGCCAGUUAUGUUGCAGAAGCUUGUUAGUUGUGCCAACUCCUUCAGGAACUUUAUAGUCCGUUGGCCAAGAGCACCCUGGUCUAUUGCGAUAAUGUGAGUGCGGUCUACCUCUCCAAUCCAGUUCAACAUCAGUGCACGAAGCAUGUUGAGAUAGAUCUCCAUUUCGUCCAUAAGCGAGUUGCCAUCGGCGAUAUUUGAGUUCAUGUUCUGACGACCUCCCAAUUUGCUGAUAUCUUCAUAAAGGGACUGCCCUUUUGCUAGAGAAUUCUGGUUCCGCUUCCUAGGACUUGUUAACCUCCAGCCUUGGUGCCUCAGCCAGGUGAUUGUGUCUUCAUGGACUAGUGGAAAAAAGUCUCUGAGCAGGUGCAGGGCAUUGCAACGCAAGGCCUUAAUUUGUUAAUCAUCCUGGGAGCUUGGACCAUUUGGAACCACAGAAAUGGUUGUGUUUUUGAUAAGGCAAACCCCAAUAUGGAGACAACCAUCAGAAAAGCUAAGGAGAAAGGUGUCAUGUGGAAGAUGGCGGGGGACAGAAGUCUUUCCCUCCUCAUGGCGCCUAUUCCAGGGCUGUAGUAGAGGGCGAUUUUAUCUAGUUUAAUGGAUGGAGAUGCUUUCUUGUACUCUCGUUUUUUGGCCGCCAUGAAGUGGCUGUUUUGUACUCUGUGCUGGUCCUCUUUGGACCAACUUUUUAUUCCUCCUUAAUAUAAUGAUGCAGUUCAUGUGAAGGGGUUUCUUUAUUGGGUCAAUUGAGUUUGAGCCUUUUCAUAUAAUUUGGAAGACUUGGGCUCCUCCGAAAUCUAAGUUUUUCAUGUGGUUGGUCGCUCAUAAGAAGGUGUGGACAGCUGAUAGGUUGCAAAGAAGAGGUAUGGAUCAUCCGGAGAGAUGUCCAUUAUGUGAUCAGGAUCAGGAAACCUUAAAUCAUAUGCUGUUGGGCUGCGUUUUUGCUAGAGAAUUUUGGUUCAAGCUGCUUCUUCUUGUAAAUCUACAACACUUGGCCUAUCAGUCCUGUGAAGGGGUUUUUAUGGAUUGGUGGCAAGACUUGAGCACCAAGAUUCCUGGGGUUGCAAGAAAUGGUCUUAAUUCUCUUGUCAUUCUUGGUGUUUGGACCCUUUGGAAACAUCGCAAUGGCUGCGUUUUUGACAAUAAGAGUCCUAGUGUGGCUGUUGCUAUUAGAAGCAUUGGUUUGGAGAUUGAUCUUUGGGUUAUGGCUGGUGCAAAGAAGCUGUCCUUGCUUACUGCCCCCAUCCCAGGUCUACCUGUUAGCUAGAUAGCUAUAGUGCUGUUUUGGUAGCAGUGUUUUUUGUCAUGGAUGGUUUCAUUUAUGCUUGUUAUUGGCCGCCGUAGGGCGGCCUUAUUUGUAUCUUGGGGUCCUUUUGGACCUUUUUCCCCUUCUUAAUAUAUUUUCGCGCAGCUCUCCUGCGCUUUCGAGAAAAAAUAAUGAUGCAGUUCUCCUGCGAGUUCAAGAAAAAAAAUAAAGGGACUGCCCUCCACGGUGUUCUCAGAGUUGCGCUCUAGUCUUAAUGUCCUAGCUGACGCUUAGACUAGGGGGAGUGUUUUUCUCUUUGUACCAGUUUCAUUGUCCCAUUUCA